CCAAAACGCUUUUCAUACCAAAUGGAAGUAUGCAAAAUGAUGCCGUAAACACGACUUCUCGUCCAAUCAAGCGACGAGUCUAGUCCAUCUGUAAACCGAGUUUUGUUCCGCAGCGUGUCCGUCUUAAGUUCUGCCUUUUUGCUACCUUGCGGAACGUUACUCAUAGCGCUACCGAACCUAUUUGUGCAUUGACCGAUCCAAGUUCGUCUGAUCUUAAACUCUAUGGCAGAUUUUCGCCUCGUCAACCCAGAAGGUUGGGAAUACGAUCUUCAGUCUGUAUACUCUGCUUAUAUAGGCUACUUCCAGUUGCACAAUGUCCCGUGGUACGACCGGACAUGGGGACAGUUCUUCGAGACGUUUGAGCAAUUUCUGGGAUUUUCAUGGCCUGUCAUUACUGUUACAGACUCAUGGACUGGCCGUGCGCACAUUGUCACCCGACUGACGACCGUCGGUGCGUUCAUCAAGAUGAUCAAGACUCGUUUCGGCGAAACACUUCCAACGCCCGACAACAUGCUCAAAGUAACGCACUUCGAGACGUCCCAGCGACAUCUGCGGAACGUUGCAGACUGGGCGACCUACAAGAAGCUAUACACGACGCUACCAGCAGUGGCGCUUGCAGCGUUUAAAACUCGGAUACGUGCUGGCGAGCCGAAGGCUAUCCGAGAAUUAUGGGCCAAGCACGACAAGACAUUUUUAGCCAUUGACUUUGAGUGGAGCGAAAGGAAUCCAGCGACGUUUUUGGAAUGGGGCUAUGCGGCUGUUCGGUGCGGGCAUCUUGAAGCCGUUGGCGCGUGGCCUCCGAUGCCUGAGUCAAAUUAUCGGAAGGGUCAUUAUAUCAUUGGCGAUUACGUGGACAAGAUCGUCAACAAGCAUUGUCCUACGUAUCCCUGGCAGUAUGCCUGGGGUGACAGCCAAGUAAUACCAAAAUCAAAGUUACCUCAAAUCGUACAGUCUGUGAUUAGCAGUCUAGUAAGCCCAGACGCAGAAACCACCGCCAACAGCCUCGUCCUCGUAGGCCACGGCGUCACCUCUGACAUCCAGCGCCUUGAAGAAACCAAAAUCAAAAUCCCAAACAACGUUCUCAUAAUCGACACCGCCUCCUUCGAACGCGCGCUCUUCAACGCCGGCGAGCGAGGAACGAUGCACGACCCCAAAACAGGCAAACUCCGCGCCCAAGGCUCUACGCUCUCCCUCGGCGGGCUUUUACACUCCUUAGGGAUCGAGCCCCCAUGUGCACUGCAUAACGCAGGCAACGACGCGUUUAUGUGUUUGCUUGCGUUGCAGAAGAUGAUGGAGCCUGGGACAACUACGCCUGAUCCUGAUGCAAGGAGGAAGUCGAAGUUGGCGGGGUUGGCUAUGGGGGCGCCGAUGCCGGUGGCUUUUAUGGGGCAUUUGACGGUAGUAGAUGGGGGACAGCCAAUGUCUGGCUAUUUUAAGUCGCCUGGUGGGUUGGGAUCACCGAGGGUGAGGGAGCGUGGGGUGGUGGAUGGUGAGAUGGAUGUGGUGCAUAGGAUUUCAAAGUAUGGGAGUGCGUCUCCGCCUGGGACGGGUGGGAGCUGGAAGGAUGACAAGGACAGGGACAGAGAGGAGAGGGAGGGGUGGAUCAGGUCUGCUAAGGGGCUGCGGUCGGUGACGAAGUGAUACUGGUUGGUUGGUGUUGGUUGGACACUUGAGUUUGAGCUUGAUAUUUGAUACCUUGACUCCUAAUUUCUUUCGAGUAUGAUGUUCUCUUUGUUUCGUUUCGUUCCUCAUGGGAUUUUUUUGCUACUCGUCUGCAUACCUUACAUGCACGUAUAGUAAAACAGUAAUGCUUGUCUCGGACUUAUAGGACUCUAUUGUACUAUGUAUACAGUCAUGAUACGUAUAAACACUGGUGC